CGUGGCACAAAGGUUGUUGGCAAUUUCUUGUUGAAACAUUUCGUCUUAAUGAAACUUGUGGUGAGUUCCUUUCAAAAAUGACUUCGUACCAGGACUUUAUAACUCAGAACGAGGACCGUGAUGGUGUUAGAUUUAGCUGGAAUGUUUGGCCCUCGAGUCGACUGGAAGCUACGCGAAUGGUUGUUCCUGUUGGUUGUAUGUACACACCGUUGAAAGAACGACCAGACCUUCCUCCAAUCUGUUAUGAUCCUGUUUUGUGUACAAGGAACACUUGUAGAGCAGUGUUGAACCCAUUUUGUCAAGUGGACUAUCGAUCUAAAGUUUGGCACUGCAAUUUUUGCUUCCAACGAAAUGCGUUUCCUCCUCAGUAUGCUGGAAUAUCAGAACAGCACCAACCUGCUGAACUUAUUCCUCAGUUUUCAACCAUUGAGUACACUCUACAGCGUGGAGGCACCUCUGGUCCAUUGAUAUAUUUGAUAGUGUUAGACACAUGUAUGGAUGAUGAAGACUUCCAGGCUGUGAAGGAAUCUCUGCAAAUGUCUCUGAGUCUAAUGCCACCCAAUGCAUUGGUUGGUCUCAUCACAUUUGGUAAAAUGGUUCAUGUCCAUGAGCUGGGAUGUGAAGGUUGCUCCAAGAGUUAUGUCUUCAGAGGAACAAAGGACCUUAAUGCUAAACAAAUACAGGAUAUGCUUGGCCUAGGAGGCAGUGGGCGAGGACAACAGCAGCAAAUGAGAGGAGGACCUGUACCACCACAACAACAGUCCAAUGAAACAUUUAACAGGUUUCUCCAACCAGUCCACAAAUGUGAUAUGAGCCUUACUGAUCUAUUGGGAGAACUUCAGCGAGAUCCUUGGCCUGUUCCAACUGGCAAAAGACCCCUAAGGUCAACUGGUGUGGCAUUGUCCAUUGCUAUUGGUCUGCUUGAGUGCACAUAUCCUAACACUGGUGGUAGAAUCAUGUUGUUCAUGGGAGGACCAGGAACACAGGGACCAGGUAUGGUGGUUGAUGAAGAGUUAAAAAAUCCAAUGCGAUCACAUCAUGAUCUUGAGAAAGACAAUGCAAGACAUGUCAGGAAAGCUAUUAAGCAUUAUGAAGCAUUGUCACGCCGUGCUGCAGAAAAUGGGCAUGUUGUGGAUAUAUUUGCAUGUCAGCUGGAUCAGACAGGACUUCAUGAAAUCAAGAGUUUUCCUAAUGUCACAGGAGGCUACAUGGUGAUGGGAGAUUCAUUCAACACAGCACUUUUCAAACAGACAUUUCAGAGAGUGUUUUCCAAAGAUAUGCGUGGAGAGUUUAAGAUGGCUUUUUGUGCUACACUUGAAGUGAAGACAUCAAGAGAGUUGAGAGUGUCAGGUGCCAUUGGACCAUGUAUAUCAUUGGACAGAAAAGGACCUAACGUUUCUGAAACAGAAAUUGGAGUUGGUGGAACAUGUGCAUGGAAGAUGUGUGGAUUAGAGCCUCAGACAACACUUGGAGUUUUCUUUGAAAUAGUUAACCAGCACACAGCCCCAGUCCCCCAAGGAGGGCGUGGCUGCAUACAGUUUAUCACUCAGUAUCAACAUUCCAGUGGCCAGCGGAGAGUUCGAGUCACAACGUGCGCACGAAACUGGGUAGAUGCAUCAAAUGUUCAACACAUCGCUAUGGGGUUCGACCAGGAGGCUGCAGCCGUUAUGAUGAGCAGAGUAGCUGUUUUCAGAGCUGAAGGAGAUGAUGGACCUGAUGUGUUGCGCUGGUUGGAUCGCAUGCUCAUUCGACUAUGUCAGAAGUUUGGUGAAUACCAUAAGGAUGACCC